AUGGCUUCCCAGCAAGUGCGACAGUGGGGAGUGACACCACCGAUAUCAAUGACUCUGCCGACCCCCGAAGAGGUGGCAGCAAACGACGAUCUGAUUGCCGAAUUAAAAGCUCAGAACAAUUUCGAGCUGCCUGCGGAGACUGAGAAGAGAAAGCAGUCGCUGCAGCUCAUGCAACGUGUCACAGUCGAAUUCAUCAAGGUAGUCAGUCGACGGAAAGGCUUGUCGCAGGCUGCGAUCGACGCAUCGGGAGGAAAAGUCUUUACGUAUGGAAGCUAUCGUCUAGGAGUCUACGGCCCUGGAUCUGAUAUCGAUACCCUAAUCGUGGCGCCAAAACACGUCUUCAUAGAAGAUUUCUUUGCCGAUUUCCCCCCUGUUCUUGAACGCAUGUCCCCUCCAGGCGCGAUCGAGAAGCUGACGCCUGUCCCCGAUGCGUAUGUCCCUCUCAUAAAACUGGAGUUCUCUGGAAUUAGUUUCGAUUUAAUUUUCGCACGGUUGAUCAUCCCAUCGAUCCCACUGAACCUUGAUCUAAAAAAUAACGACUACCUGCGGGGUCUGGACGACAAGGAGGUGCGGUCGCUUAACGGAACUCGCGUCACCGAUCAGAUCCUGGAACUUGUCCCACAAGAGAAAACAUUCCGUCUCGCCUUGAGGGCAAUUAAGCUUUGGGCACAGCGCCGUGCAAUCUACGCCAAUAUCGUUGGCUUUCCGGGAGGUGUCGCAUGGGCGAUGCUGGUCGCGCGUGUCUGUCAGCUGUAUCCCCAAGCCACUGGAUCCGUCAUUGUUGGCAAGUUCUUCCGCAUCAUGAACAAAUGGGCCUGGCCACAGCCAGUUCUACUAAAACCAAUUGAAGACGGUCCCUUGCAGAUGAAAGUGUGGAAUCCAAAGAUUUAUCAUGGCGAUCGGUUCCAUCUUAUGCCCAUUAUCACCCCCGCAUACCCCUCUAUGUGCGCCACCCACAAUAUCUCGAUGUCUACAAAAGCAGUCAUUUUACGCGAGCUGCAAAGAGGUGGUGAUAUUGUUGACAAGAUAUUUGGAAAGCAACUUACCUGGAAUGACCUUUUCACACGUCACACUUUCUUUUCAAAUGAUUACAAGUAUUACCUUCAGAUCACAGCUUCAAGCAAAACGAAAGACGCUCAGUCAGUCUGGUCCGGUCUGGUGGAAUCUAAACUCAGACACUUGGUUGGUGCGUUAGAUAGGAAAUCUAUAAUUGCCGUCGCACACCCUUUCCCCAAGGGAUUUGAGAGAGAGCAUAGGGUAAAAGAUGACGCAGAGGCAGAACAAGUCAAGAACGGAUCUACUCAGUUCCAGGCCCAAGGAACCAUAACUGAGACUACCGAUGAGACUAACGACCCUUCUCACGAUGCAGCCGCCAAAAACGGAGCCGAAGAUGCUCAAGUCCCUGGCACUGAAACCACCAAGCCGGACGAAUCGGAUAGUCGCUCAAUUUACACGACUACCUAUUACAUUGGACUGGAGCUCAAACCACUGGAGCCGGGCUCUUCGCGGUCUCUUGACAUUUCUGUAGAUGCGAACAUCUUCAAAUCAACAUGCACUUCGUGGCAGGGCUUUCAGCAGGGAAUCAACGAACUUAGUAUUCUGCAUGUUAGAAAUUUUGACUUGCCGGAUGAUGUUUUCCAGCCGGGAGAGACACGACCAAGUCGGCCAAAGAAGAAGGUUGCAAAGAAGCCUGCAACCGCGGUUACUCAGAAACGGACUAUCGACGCAGUAGACGUAAGUCGCAUAGAACCGAACUACUGGAGCUGGAUGACUAAAAGCACGGCUCGUGCCAAUGCUUCUUCCACUUAUGACGGUGGGGGGAAUGAUACUGACGACAGGUUACAGGACACGAUACAGCCACAAGCAAAGCGUCAGGUAUCUUCAAACGGUUUACCUCAUGCAGCGACACCAGCUUGA